ACUGUUUCUUGAAUAUGCAUAGUUUGUAGAUGUUUGAUGCGUAGAAGAUGUUGUAGAACAACAACAUGCGUGCUUCUCUCCUCUCGUUCCUCUUCUUCUGCUCCUCUCUCUAUUGCGCCAAAGCAGCUAGCGUUUACAUUGGUGCGCUGGUAAACACCGAGUCUCGCGUCGGGAGAGAGAAGAAGGUGGCAAUUGAGAUUGCAGCCCGACACUACAACUCCUCUUCUUCAUCGCUUCUUCUAAGUGUCAGAGAGUUUAACAGCGGCGCCGACCCCCUCGAAAUAUACACGAAAGGUGAUUCAUUUCUUCUUUUAAUGGCAAGAGAAUCUAUUGCUGAUACCAUGCAUACAUCUGUGGUGGUGCAGCUCAAGAUCUCAUGAACUGGGGAGCAGAAGCAAUCAUCGGCGCGGGGACCUGGCCGGAGGUCGCGGUCUUGGCAAGACUUGGCAGCACUGCAAGAAUUCCAGUAAUCUCUCUCGCCACGACACCAACCCCCUCGUCACCGAUGCCUUUCUUGGUUCGGAUGUCGUAUCCGAACUCCGGCGAGGCGCGCUGCCUCUCUGACGUCGUGAGAUCAUACAACUGGAGGAGAGUCAUAGUACUGUACGAAGAUGAUAGCUAUGGCAGCAUAUCUGGCGUCGUCCCUCUCCUUUCUGAUGCGUUUCGAGCCGGUGGUUCUCGGAUCGACCACCAUAUAGCAUUCCCACCAUGGCACACGGUCUCCGAUGACGACGCAGCGGACACAGUUCGCCAGAAGCUGAAGCACGUCCCUCCACAGCUAUCGAAGGUGUCCAUCGUCCUGCGAUCCUCACCAGAGCUGGCCGUCCAUCUGUUCAAGGAGGCAAAGCUGCUGGGGAUGAUGGCAAAGGGUCACGUAUGGAUUGUGAAUGACGACAUCACCGCCCUCCUCGACUCCACCGAUCUCAGCUCCUCCUUCAUCUCUUCUUACAUGCAAGGUGUGAUAGGAAUCAGUACCUACGUCAACACGACCACCAGCUUCUUCCACGACUUCUCUUCGGAAUUCCAGCAAAGAUUCGACCAAGAGUACGGAACAAAGGGUAAGCAACCGGGGAUGCAUGCGGUCCGAGCGUACGACGCGGUGCAUGUUCUGGCUCAUGCGGCAGCAGAAAGGGCCGAGAACAGCAGCAGCAUCGCGUUGUUGGAAGGUGUCCUACUUGGCAAUUUUUCUGGGUUGAGUGGCUCCAUAAGCUUCACAAGAGAGGGGAGCUUGCCUGAGGACGGGAGACGAAACUCGGCCUUCCGUGUCCUAAACGUAGUAGGAAGGAGUUACAGGGAGCUAGGGUUUUGGUCAGAGGGAUAUGGUUUCUUCGAGGAGGAGACGGAGAUGGCGCAUGGGAGGCCGGUGGUGGAUGUCCUGCGUCCGGUGUUCUGGCCAGGAGGCACUGAGAGGACCCCAGGUGGGUGGGGCAUGCUAAGGAUCGGAGUACCCAAUCACACGACCUUCGAUCAAUUCGUGAAGGUGGAAUACGAUGACAGUACUGGGAAGGUGAAGGGGAUAACCGGAUUCUGCAUUGACGUCUUUCGGGAGAUUCUGAAACACUUGAGCUAUGAUCUGUAUUACGAGUUCAUACCUUUCGCUGGCUCCUACGAUGAUCUCGUGAAUCGGGUCCCUUUGCAGGUAAUCGAUGCAGCGGUGGGGGACUUCACGAUCCUGGCAAAACGGGCGGUGGAUGUCUCGUUCACCGAGCCGAUUCUCUCAUCAGGCCUUGCGAUGAUGGUGCCCUUGAGACCCAACCACACGCCAUGGAUGCUCAUAAAGCCAUUCACGAGAGACGUGUGGUUCCUUAUCCUUGCCACCCUGAUCUACACCGCAGGCGUUUUGUGGUACCUGGAACGCGACAGUAAUCCCGAGUUCCAUGGCACUUGGUGCGUCCAGCUCGGAGCUGCGCUGUGGCUAAUUUUCUCCACCAUCUUCUUCGCCCAUGGAAGGAUCCACAACUACUACACGAAAACGGUGAUGGUUGUGUGGCUGCUUGUGGUCUUCAUUUUGACAUCCAGCUUUACAGCGAACCUCAGCUCCAUACUAGUUACUGAGAAACUUGGAGCGGUGCCACCAGGAAGUAGGGUUGGCUAUGAUGGCGACGCCUUUGUACUCAAGUACCUGAAGGAUGUGUUAGGUUACAAGGAAAGAAACAUUGAGUGGAUUAGAUCACCAGAAGCCUACAGCGAGGCCUUCAAGAGUAACAAGAUAUCAGCUGCCUACCUUGAGACGCCUUAUAUCAGGGUGUUCCUCUCCCGGUACAACGAUUUCACGGUCAGUGGGGAGACACACAGGCUGGGCGGCUUUGGCUUUGUGUUCCCCAAAGAUUCUCCUCUGGUUGCUGACUUCUCCCAAGUCAUACUGCAACUAGCAGAGAACGGAGCACUAAAUAACCUAGAAAAGAAGUGGUUUUCGGUCGCCUUGUCCAGCUCUCCAACCCCAGACAACGACAGGAAAAAGGAGAGCCUAAGCUUGGACAGCUUUUGGGCACUCUUCCUGUUCACUGGUUGCACCUCGACCAUUAUCUUAUUGGUCUUCAGUGCCCACUCAUUUCUUCUGACUAGGGCCAGAGCAGCAGCAGCAGUAUCCUUUGAGCCCCUGAGACAGAGUUUUAAGAAGGUUUGGACAGCAACUGCAAAACUCAUUGAAAAAAGAGAGAGUCCUAAACCCUCUGAGCAACAAGGGAGCGGUAUGAACAGUCCAUGAGGAUGAAGGCAACUCUGCAGGACUCCAUGUACCCGAUGACACUGAUGACAACUGCAGACAAUGAUGUAUCAAUAUGAAAAAAGAGAGGUUCAAAAGAAAUUAUAGUGAUAAAAACAAAAUUUGUACCUUAAAGAGAUAAACUAUCUGUUACUAGAACUAGCAUAAAGUUGUA